AUGAGGCUGUAUUUUCUCGUCUUACUUUUCUUUCUCCUACUUGAAGCCAAAAAGCAAACGCCUGCACCAGCCGGCACUCCUCUAGUCCAAUGCCUUGAAUGCCGAGCAAGAGAUGGAAAAUGCACAAGGAUUUGCGAGGGUUUUUAUUGCUACAAGCAAGAGUACACCUCGAGUGUUUUAGCUCGGGGGGUCAUCAAAGUGAAAAGGGGAUGCAUGAAUGCGACCGAUGAAGGAGUGGCGAUUGGAGAAUGUCAGACAACACGCUCAAAUCUGCCCGGAUCCGAUGCGCAAAAGGCGGAAACACUCUGCAUCUGCAACAGUCACAAGUGCAAUGGUUCAUCGAAAAUUCCAUCUUUACACAGUCUUCUCGUCGGUGCUUUCGUGAUUUUCUUCGCAAAACGG